AUGAGGCUGGGGGAUGAGACUGUGCCUCCCGUCGAGGUUGAGCCUGAGGGGAGCUCCCCUCGCGAGUCAGCACCUACCACUGCCCCAGAAGUCAAAACUUCACCGAGAGAAGACGAUUCCCUUGCUGAGGAAUACCUUUCUCUGUUCUUCACUGAUGUUGGACUCGCCAACUCCUCACUGAGAAGCAUCACGAGGACCCCAUUCAAUGAGAGUCUGCAGGCAAUGCAGGCUUUCUUUGGCCUGGAGGUGACUGGCAUCUUGGAUAAUGAGACUGUGGCAGUGAUGAAGGAGCCGAGAUGUGGUGUUUCAGACAUCAGUCGAUAUGGACACUUUCAUGGGAGACCCAAAUGGAAAAAAAGGCUGAUUACCUACCGGAUUACCCGGUACACUGUGGAUCUGAACCAGAGACAAGUGGAUGCAACCAUAGCCCAGGCAUUCCAGCUCUACAGUGAUGUCAUCCCACUUGACUUCAAACAGAUCUACAGUGGCACUGCAGACAUCAUGAUCCUCUUUCAGGGCGGAUAUCAUGGGGACUUUUAUCCUUUUGAUGGACGCAACGGAGUCUUGGCCCAUGCUAAUUCACCUGGCCAGGGACUCGGAGGGGACACACACUUUGAUGAAGAUGAAACCUGGACUUUAACUCGGAGAGGUGUGAAUUUGCUGCUGGUGGCGGCUCAUGAGUUUGGUCAUGCCCUGGGCCUCGAUCACUCCAGGGACAGAAGAGCACUGAUGUUCCCCACCUAUAAAUAUGUCAACACUAAUGGAUACAAGCUGCCAGAUGAUGACAGACGUGGAGUCCAAGCCCUGUAUGGUGUACGUAGAGCGAAACCCACAACAGAACCUGAACUAACACCACCCCCUGUUCCAGAGCCUGAACCAGAGCCUGAGGAACCUACAGAGGAUCCAGACCCGAAACCGGACCCUCGACCCAACCCCAGAGAUGAGCAAUGCAACCGGGACUUGGUGUUUGAUGCCGCCACCUCCAUCAGGGGAGACCUGUACUUCUUCAAAAAUGGUUACUAUUGGAGAAAGAAUUCUCAAGGCAUCCGGCUGACUAAAGUAAGCAGUAGAUGGUCACGGAUAAACGAUGUUGAUGCUGCCUACGAAGUACCAUACAAAAAUGAGGUGUAUCUUUUUGAAGGUCACCAAUUUUGGGCUAUAACGGCUUAUUCGAAAACAAUGAUGCCAGGCUACCCAAGGCGUAUCACCACCCUCGGCCUUCCCCCGUCAGUGAGCAAAGUAGAUGCAGCAGUCUAUGUGCGGACCACAGGAAAAACACUCAUCUUUGUGAAAAACCAAUACUGGAGCUAUAACGAAGCCAGAAACCAAAUGGACCAUGGAUACCCGAGAUACAUCGCUUACGAUUUCCCUGGCAUCGGCUCUAAAGUAGAUGCAGUCUUUGAGAAUUAUGGAUACCUAUACUUCUCAAAUGGACCAAGGCAGAGUGAGUACUACCUCCAACACAAGACAGUGAGACGUGUUCUCCUCAACUAUGGCUGGCUUAAUUGUUACUAAAGACUCAUUAACACGACAUGUCCUUUGUUUUCUGACCAAAAAUGCAGCCUGACUUAUUACAAAGACUUCUAAUAAAAUAUAAAUAAGCAAGAUGUAGGGAGUUCUCAAACAUCUUGAAUUUUCUCUGAGAUUUGUCUGAGUCAUAAUUUGUUUUUGCAAUGUAGCCAAUGCAGUUUUAUUUCCAAUUUUAUCAAUACCCUAAAUAGUCUAUGUACUUUUAAACAUUUAUGUUUCAUUUAAUUUUUAUUCUUUGUUUAAAGCUUCAAAGCUCACCAUUACUGAUGGUGAAUGUAUUGUGAAAGUUAUUUUUUUCUGUUAUGAUGUGCAGAUUGCAGUUUGACUGGUAGCAUGAGGGAUGAGCCGUUGUUUAAAUUGUUCUGUCCUUAUUGUAAAGGCCUGUAAACAUAACGCAGAGAUUCAAAUA